AUGACUGACGAUAAUUCAUUCAGAGUGAAGUUACGCAGCACUAAAGUGUUAGAGGGUCCAUUUCCAGAAGUCAACUUUGAGACUUUCCCCGGAAACCCACACGAUGCGUUUAAGCUGUGGUUCGAUGAAGCGCUUGAAGCUGGAGUCAGAGAGCCCCACGCCAUGACUGUUUCAACGGUUGACGAUCAGGGCUGGCCAGAUGCCCGCGUUCUUAUUCUGAAGAAUGUCGAUGCUCGCGGCUGGCAUUUUGCGAUAAAAGCUGACAGCCCUAAAGGAAAACAGCUUGCAGCAAAUAGCCAUGCUGCGCUGACUUUCUAUUGGCCCCAACUUGCUCGACAAGUGCGUUUACGUGGGAAAGCUAUUGAACUUCCUGAAGCGGAGUGUGUUCAGGACUACAACAGCCGCCCCCUUGCAUCAAAGAUCAGCGCAAUGGCCUCAAGACAGAGCGAAAUCCUUUUGAAUCAGGAGACUUUGAGACAAAGUGUUGUGGAGACUGAGGCUCACUUUUCAAAAGAUCCGUCUCUGGGUGCGAAAAAGUGGAAAGUAUAUGCUGUUACCCCUGAGGCUGUCGAGUUCUGGCAAGGAGAUGCUAGUCGGCUUCAUAAAAGACUCCAAUAUGUCUAUGAUGCGACCGAUAAUAAGUGGCAGAAACAUGGCCUUUGGCCGUGA